AUGGGGAGACAACCUUGUUGCGACAAACUUGGUGUGAAGAAAGGUCCUUGGACUGCCGAGGAAGAUAAGAAACUCAUCAAUUUCAUUCUUACAAAUGGACAAUGUUGUUGGCGCGCUGUGCCUAAACUCGCUGGUCUUAGGCGUUGUGGGAAGAGUUGUCGUCUUCGUUGGACUAAUUAUCUUCGUCCGGAUUUAAAGAGAGGUCUCCUCACCGAAGUAGAGGAGCAGCUUGUUAUUGAUCUCCAUGCUCGCCUCGGCAACAGGUGGUCGAAGAUUGCUUCGAGAUUACCCGGAAGAACAGAUAACGAGAUUAAAAAUCACUGGAACACUCACAUCAAGAAAAAGCUAAUUAAGAUGGGAAUUGAUCCCAUUACUCAUGAGCCUGUGAAUAAACAAGCAUCAUCAUCCAAUGAAACUUCAUCCCCUGCAGAGAAUUUGUCACAGCCAGAGAACAACCAUGAAGUGAAGGAAAUUGAUGGAGUUAUGAACUCAGAAGAGAAUUCAAGCUCACCCCCUACAGAAAAUUCUUCUGGAGAAGAAUCUCUCUUGCUAGAUAGUCUCUGCAGUGAUGAUUCACUAAUGAAUAGCUUAUGGUUAGAUGAAACACCAUUGGUGGAAGCACUUUGGGAAAUGGACGCUACACCUAUAGCAGAGACAGAGACAGAGAAUGCAAAAAAUGAGAUGAAUUUUGUGCCUUCUUGGGAGGAUAAUUGUGCUUGGCUAUUGGAUUGUCAAGACUUUGGUAUUCAUGAUUUUGGAUUUAAUUAUUUCAAUGAGAUAGAAUCAAAGGAAAAUCAACAUUAG